AUAGACGAAUCAUCUGAAGUGUUUCUUGAAUUAUCCAUCCAUCCAUUAUUUCAUGUUCAAUCUCGUCAGAGUCAACAGAAUAGUAGUCUAAAUUCCCACGGGUCCUGAAGGUAGCAUUUAGUAACUUACUGUAAAUUGAGCAGGAAGUUUUCCAGCCCAGCGCCAGUUACACCCUGUCGGGGUUUUCCUUCACUGUCGACAGAGCAGUGUGUCUCUGAAUCAGCGGACUGUUGUUCAUUUGAAAGGUGAAAAUGAGCCUCCAUCGAGCGCUGCUGCUGUUAACGUGUGUGUCGCUGUCGACCACGCUCAGGAUUUUAUCCGGACGUCUCAAGUGCUCUCGACAGGAUUUGAAUUGUGAAGUUCGUGAAACUAACUGUCUGGACAAGCGGUGGCUGAAAGUUCAUGAUUACACUCCCAGCAAUCCAGAGGACCUGCAGGUGUCAGUGGACGUCAGGCCAGACGAGGCAGGACUCCUGCAGCCAGUGCUAGAGGCUAGUUGGAAGUUAAAGGAUGAUGGUAGCAUCCAUUUCCUAAAGGCCACCGAGCUUCAUGUUCUGGUGGAAUCCACCAAUCAGAACCUGUGUGUUCGAUAUUCGUUCAAAAACGAACUCGCGAUGAGGAGUCCAUCAGGAGAAAAGUGGUCAUUCUCAGCUGAUAUGCUGGUGCUGGAUCCGGGGCAGAGCUACCAGGUCUCCGUCUUCAACAUACCCAAACCAGAACUGCACCACAGCAGCUACGACAUCAGGAAAAACCUCCUAGUUCCUCAUUGUGAAGAUCCAGAAAUGACGAACACACAGUUCUGCAUAGAGAGAGGAAGUCUGUGGCAGCCUAACAUCAGUCUGAGUCAGGUCACUGUAGCUGAUGGAAACUCUGCUCUGGCUGUCAGCUUCAGCCCUGACAACCUGUGUGAGAAGUACAUGGUUAUUGUCAAUGGCUGCUCUUCUCAACAGGAUAAACACAGUUUAAAUAAGGCGAAUCAGACCCUGAGUGUAACAUUCAGCCUGGAUAGUUGGCCGAGAUCGUGCUGCCAGUUUGAUGUUCAGAUUAAACCUUAUUUCUCACAAUGUGGUGAAGACUGUACCCGUCGAAGGAAAACUCAGAAUAUUUGCCCCAGUGUGACCAAAGGUCCUGCAGCAUUCCCAGCAGAUAAUGCCCCUCACUACGGGUUCGCUUCCCUGGGAGUGGUGUCGAUGUGUAUACUGAUGGCAGCUGUUAUGUUUGCCACCUGCAGGAAGCCAGGGAAAACUAAUGUCAGUGCAGGACCAAAGGGAGUUCAGGAAGUGCAGCCAGUCAAACAAAAGCCCAAAGUAUUGGUCAUCUACUCACAAGACCACCAUCUGUACAGGGACAUCGUGCUGAAACUCUGCACCUUCCUCCAGACAAAGUGUGGCACUAAGGUGCUAGUAGACCUGCUCGACUCCACCUCGGUAGGCAUGGUGGGUCGUCUGCGCUGGCUCGAGUGGCAGCGGCAGCAGCUGAAAGAUCCCUCGGACAAAAUUCUCGUGCUGUGCUCACGAGGCGUCCAGGCAAAGUGGAAGGCCAUGUGCGGUCAGGGACGAGUGACUCUGAAGGAAGACCUCCUAUCGCCCACAGACGACAUGCUCACUCCUUUUCUCAACCUCUUUCUGCCAGAAAUGCACCAGGCAGGCACGCUGGGCAAGUACAUGGUAGCUUAUUUUGAUGACAUCAGCAGCGAGAAAGACGUGCCGUCGGUUUUCGACAUUGCGGUGAAAUACAGGCUGAUGAAGCACUUUGAAGAGCUGUUCUUCCGCAUCUUAGACAUUGAAAAGUAUCAGCCGGGGCAGGUGAAGCACAUUGAGGGAAUCGGUGCAGAUGAAUAUUUCAACUGUCCCUCUGGUAGAGCUCUGAGGACGGCCAUUGAAACCUUCCAGGCCUACCAGUUUGAAAAUCCCGACUGGUUCGAGAAGCAGUGUGUGGUUAGUGAAGAGGAGGUCCUAAACGACGCCAACAUGCUUAUUGAACAGCUGCAUAUUCCUCCCGUCCUUGAAUGUGUCCCUCUAAUCAGAGAUGAGUUUCCUGUCUAUGUUCGUGACGUGCAAAUCAAUGAAAACAGCAGCAGCAUUCACAUUCUCACCCCUGAACUGAACCCGGAGAGUCAGCUGUCCUCAGUAAUAGAACUUAUACCUGCAGUCAAUCCAUCAGACAGACAUCAGCAUUCAUCCGGCCUGGAGAACGUGCUGACGGAGUCUGUCUACGUAGCUGAGCCAGCUUUAAACAAUCCACCGCCACCCAGACAGAACUGGGUCUCCCUUGUGGAUGAACCGUUUAGUCACAUUCCCACUGAAGAUAAUGAGGAGGAUUCCUUGAUAUCUCUGAACCAAGCUUAUCUGGACCAAAGAAGCCAAGCUCUGCCGAACUCCCUGGACUUUAAUUCUCCAGAAUCGUCGUGUACAAGUGUUCCCGGGCAGCAUUUCCCCCCCUCUGGGAUGGAUAACUCUGAGCAUGUGCAGAUAGAGGAGAACGAGGCUCAGGAGCCAAAAGGACCAAGCAGUGGCUCCGAUCAAGGCUACAGCUCAAAAAACUCCUCCCAGCACGAAUGUCCAUCUAAAGACGAGUCACUGGUGGCUUUGGCAAAGCUGCAGAAGGAGCUGUUUGAAGAAUUUGACAUUACAGUGUGACAUAUAUUUGAUGAUAUUUCUUACUGGCAACAUGAUGUUGCUGUGGCAGACUGUUCACGUCGGCUUCUUCUUUGGCGUUAAUCAUUCACAGGGGAGUUUGCAAACCAGUGACUUCCCAGCAGCUGAUCCCAGGGAACGCCAGAAAGUUCCACAUUUAAAAGUUGGCAAUAAGCAAAAGACCGUUGACCAGUAAUGUGCUUGUGUAAUAUGUGUAGGAGUUGUGUCUUUUUCAAAGAUAAAGAACACGGAUUACUGAGAGUUUGGUUCCUGCAAAGAAAAAUCCAAAAUGCAUUUAAUGUGAUGUUUUUAAAGCUGUACUGCAGCUGAAAACAGCAGCGUCAUUAAUCAUUACAGCAUUGUAGCGUGACUGUUAGCGAUCACGGUGUAUUUGUGUUACUCUGAAACUUGUGUUGUUAAUUGUUGACAGGCCAGACGGCUGUCGUGGGGACAUGAGCGGGUGAUAUUGUAGAAAACAGUUACAGCAUGAGUUUAACAAAAUAUUUGCAUUUGGUUUAAAUGAAUUUGUAAUAGCUCUUUUUGCUCACUAUGCAGGUGUGAUUGUUGCUUACAGGAAGUAGACUUUGUUUCAUUUCCCUGCCUGCACAGACUCUUUGUUUGUCAGCUUGUCUCCUCG